AUCCGAAGGAGUCCACAUCUGAUCUCACCCUAAGACCCUCCAUUUUUUUCCCUAAUUUCCCAAAUUCACCAUUAACAACGCCCUGGACAACCUCCUCAGCCUCAGCCUCAGCCUCAUCCUCAUCCUCAUCCUCAUCGUCUUCACUCGCUAGGGUUUUCUGGAGACUCUCCUUCGUCUUUCACAAUCAGAUGUAGGUUUGGUUUCCGGGAAUAGUAAUUGUUGAUUGGAGUGUGGCAAGAUGACGAUGAAUGAGCGAAAGACCAUUGAUUUAGAACAGGGAUGGGAGUUUAUGCAGAAGGGAAUCACCAAGCUGAAGAACAUUCUCGAAGGGUUGCCAGAACCACAGUUCAGCUCUGAGGACUACAUGAUGCUUUAUACAACGAUCUAUAAUAUGUGCACGCAAAAGCCUCCACAUGAUUACUCCCAGCAGCUGUACGACAAGUACCGGGAAUCAUUUGAAGAGUACAUUACAUCAACAGUAUUGCCUUCAUUAAGAGAGAAGCAUGAUGAGUUUAUGCUGAGAGAACUUGUGAAAAGAUGGGCAAAUCAUAAAAUCAUGGUUAGGUGGCUCUCUCGUUUCUUCUAUUAUCUUGACCGAUACUUUAUCGCUCGGAGGUCACUUCCACCACUUAAUGAAGUUGGUCUCACCUGUUUCCGUGAUCUGGUCUACCAGGAAUUAAAUUCAAAAGUUAGGGAUGCUGUGAUUUCUCUGAUUGAUCAAGAACGUGAAGGAGAGCAAAUUGACCGAGCUUUGCUAAAGAAUGUUUUGGAUAUAUUUGUUGAGAUUGGGAUGGGGCAAAUGGAUCACUAUGAGAAUGACUUUGAAGCAGCCAUGCUUAAGGACACUGCAGCCUAUUAUUCUCGAAAGGCUUCGAACUGGAUCUUAGAAGAUUCUUGUCCAGAUUACAUGCUGAAAGCGGAGGAAUGUUUAAGACGGGAAAAGGAUAGGGUUUCUCAUUACCUACACUCUAGUAGUGAGCCAAAGCUAUUGGAGAAAGUUCAACAUGAGUUGUUGUCUGUAUAUGCAACUCAACUACUUGAGAAAGAACACUCUGGAUGCCAUGCCUUACUUAGAGAUGAUAAGGUGGAGGACCUGUCUAGAAUGUUUCGGCUCUUUUCUAAGAUACCUCGAGGCUUGGAUCCCGUUUCAAAUAUAUAUAAACAGCAUGUUACUGCCGAAGGAAUGGCUCUAGUCAAACAGGCGGAAGAUGCUGCAAGUAACAAGAAGGCAGAGAAGAAGGAUGUAGUUGGUCUGCAAGAACAAGUUUUUGUCAGAAAAGUCAUUGAGCUACAUGACAAAUAUCUUGCAUAUGUAAACGACUGUUUUCAAAACCAUACUCUUUUUCACAAGGCCCUUAAGGAGGCUUUUGAGAUAUUCUGCAACAAGGGUGUUGCUGGAAGCUCAAGUGCAGAACUACUUGCCACAUUUUGUGAUAACAUUCUAAAGAAAGGUGGAAGUGAGAAACUAAGUGAUGAAGCCAUUGAGGAGACACUGGAAAAGGUUGUAAAGCUGCUGGCAUAUAUUAGUGACAAAGACUUGUUUGCCGAGUUCUAUAGGAAAAAGCUUGCACGACGCCUUCUUUUUGACAAGAGUGCAAAUGACGAUCACGAGAGAUGCAUUUUGACUAAACUGAAGCAGCAAUGUGGUGGACAGUUUACUUCAAAGAUGGAAGGAAUGGUGACGGAUUUGACUUUGGCAAAAGAAAACCAAACAAGUUUCGAGGAGUAUUUAAAGGCGAAUGUUCAUGCAAAUCCAGGGAUUGAUUUGACUGUGACUGUUUUGACCACUGGCUUUUGGCCAAGUUACAAAUCUUUUGACCUCAAUCUUCCAGCUGAGAUGGUUAAGUGCGUUGAGAUUUUCAAGGAAUUUUAUCAGACAAAAACAAAGCACAGAAAACUUACAUGGAUAUACUCCCUAGGAAUUUGUAAUAUUAUUGGGAAAUUUGAACCAAAAACCAUGGAGCUGAUCGUUACAACUUAUCAGGCUUCUGCGUUGCUGCUAUUUAAUUCUUCAGAUAGAUUGAGUUACUCUGAAAUCAUGACUCAGUUAAACUUGAAUGAUGAUGAUGUUGUUAGACUGCUCCAUUCCUUGUCAUGCGCCAAGUAUAAGAUUCUCAACAAGGAGCCGAGUACGAAAACUAUAUCUCCUACUGAUUAUUUUGAGUUCAACUCCAAGUUUACUGACAAAAUGAGGAGGAUCAAGAUCCCUCUCCCACCUGUGGAUGAGAAAAAGAAAGUAAUCGAGGAUGUUGACAAGGACAGAAGAUAUGCCAUCGAUGCAUCAAUUGUCCGCAUCAUGAAGAGUCGUAAAGUAUUGGGUCAUCAGCAACUGGUGAUGGAGUGUGUUGAGCAGUUGGGUCGCAUGUUCAAGCCUGAUUUCAAGGCAAUUAAGAAGAGGAUUGAAGAUCUCAUCACUCGAGAUUAUCUGGAAAGAGAUAAAGAUAACCCCAACAUGUUUAGGUACUUGGCGUGAUAUGACUGAUAAUCCCCUCCUGCCAAAUGAAGUGGUGGCCAUCGCUUCCGGAAUAAGCACAAAGAGGGUCACUUCAUUGUGGAAAUCGUACUCAUACUCAUUCUUGCACCAAUAUACGAACGUGCCCGUUCAGAACAUGCUUCAGAAAAUUCUUGUACAUUUUUUCCCCCUUUGGAGCCAGGUAUGGGUGCAACAAUUAUAGAUUGUGCAGUCAUGGUGGAGAGAAUUGUAAUUGAUUCCAUAAUGUGGUCUGGUGCUUCAGUGGGACAGUUCCUUAUCAUAACUUAAACUGUGCUUGCUCGGGGGCGUUUGUUUUGGGGUUAUCUUGAUUGGGAAUAGGAAUGUAGAAGAUAACCCAUGUUUGGGAUGACAUUUUUGAUUUUUUUAGUUUAGGGGUUUAGUUUCCUAUGGGUGCACAUGACUGUUUUGGGGGUAAUUUCAACAUCUUUUAACGUUCGAGUUUUAUAUUCCUAAAGUACAUAAUUCGUCAUUCCUUUCUAA